UUUCCUCAAAUCCAUUAAAGCAAAAAUGGAGCCAAAGAAGUGAUUUUUAAACACUUUUUUUGCCAAUUACACACUCCAUAACCAUUCUUGAGAUUCAAUAUCAUCACAAACUUCAAAAUCUGCAAAAAAUAACACUUUUUCAGUUUUUCUAAAUCUUUUUCAUUCUUCUCAUUAUAUAUUCAAAACCCAACACCACCACAGUCUAAAGAAUCUCUCUUUCUCUUCAAAAUUCUCAUUUUUUUCCUUUUUUUCUCUGAAAUUCAGCACUUUUUUUUUCACUUUAGCAAUGAAAAAUCACUUUCCAAUCUUGUUUUAGUGUCUCCAAUGACAUUACAUUCUGCUAAUAAUACCCUUUUACUUCAUAUUCAAAUCCCAUUGCUUUUCUCUUUUUUGGUCAGCCAUUUCAAAUUCUUCAUUAUUACCUAGUACUUGAGUUAAGCUUUCACUCUUAUAUUCUCAUUGUCUGCAAUUUUUUCUUUGUUUUUCAUCUUUUUGUUUGGUGUGCUGAUGCUUCAUUAUGCUUAAUUAUGCGUAAUGAUGUUUGUAAACUGAUUUAAGGAGGUUUAUAUUCGGGUUAUGGGUGGUCUUAGCAAGGUUGAAGUGAUUAAUAGCAAAGGUUGUUCAAGGCUUUUUGUGGGGUUAUCAUCUUCAAUUUCAAUCCCUUCUUUUAGAGGUUUGCAAUCUCUUGAACCACCCAUGUUUUCUCCUGCUCCAACUACAACUUCCUCUGUGAGGUCUGAACCGGGUUUGGUUCGUUCGACUGGUCCAUUUUCUGGUCUUGUUGUUUGUGUUACUGGUUUAUCUAAAGAAGCCAGGAAGCAAGUCAUGGAAGCAACGGAAAGAUUAGGCGGUCAGUACAGUGCUAAUCUGCAUCCCCAGUGUACCCAUUUGGUGGUUCAAAGCUUUGGCGGACGCAAGUUUGAUCACGCCUUGAAGCAUGGAUCAAAAAAUGGUCUUUUUGUUGUGACGAUUGGAUGGUUUGUGGAUAGUGUCCGAAGGAAUGUGAGGCUAAGUGAAUCACUUUACAGUGUUAAGAGCAUUGGUGAAAAUGAUGUGCGCUUAGACGACUUAAAUCGACUUGUUGGUAAUAGCGGUACUGAAAAUUCAUGUCUUCCUGCCGGUAUUAAUAAUGCCAAGAAGUUUGACACGACUGAAGGUCUGCAUAAACGAUUGUCUACAAGAAGCUCUAAUAGGAGUCCGGAUUUAACUCUAUCUGGUAACUCCAUGUAUAUUGAUUCAGAGAUCUCGGAUGAACUUACGAAUAAGGUUUAUGAGGCAGCUACGAAAGAAGGCGCAGCAUUUUUAGAUCGAUGGUUUGUUGGCUGCAAUGCAAGUCAUGUAGUAUGUGAAGAAGCUUCAGUCCAAAGAUAUCUGGGCCACUCUAACAACCUGGUUACUCCUCUUUGGGUUUUGAAAACGGCGAAGGAGAAAAAUGUCCAAAGGCUUAUUCACUUGUCUGCUGAUUUGGCCAGGCAGGUAGGGUUGAAGCUCGAAAAUUUCCAGAAUGGCCUUGUGGAGCAGGAAAUAAAUACUGGAAAUGCCACGCAAGACAUCCAUAGUUUGAGGAGUCAAGUAAACUAUGCACAAAGGCAGCAAAUUGUCAGUUUUGCUAAAAAUGGAGUUCGAAGUCGUCGUGGUCGUCGAAUGCAGACCUGUCAAACUCCAAUACGACCGAUAACCCCAAGCAGCCUACUGGAUUCAAUCUGCUGGUCAAUAUCUGAGCCAACUUCAACUGCUUCUAUCUACACAGACUCAUUUAGUAGUGAAGAUGUCAGUGAACGUCCAUCUGUCUUCUUCGAUGCUAAGGCGGAUGGGAAGGAUUCAGAAGCUUCAUUUGCUAACCUAACACGAGCACUUACAGAAAGCGAAAAGACUGAGUUGAUAUUCAGGAACCAUUUUCUGACAAUACUGUUUCCUAUCGAUCGGUUUUCUGAAAUGGGACCCUCUUCUAGAACGUAUUUCAGCGAAAAUGGCUUCACAUGUAUGCAGGUGUUAGAUCAUAUACACACAUUUUAUCAGGAAAAUAUGUCGCCUUCAGAAGUAGAAGUUGCAAUCCAUACCGACUCUAGGCAUGCUGACCGGCUCCGAACACUGUAUUCUAGUAAAGAAACAACUGAGCUUGGAUAUGUGAGUUUUAAACGGAUUGACUUCUUAGGGAGCCGAAAGAGUUUUGAGAUGUUAAAGCGUGUUUCUGGAGAUAACAAUAGUAACGUAUAUGAACUCUUGAUUAGAGCUUGACAUCUGAUCACACAUGGCUGUUAUAGCAGUAUAUUGGUUUUGAGUAACCGGUGAACUACGGAAACGAUAGCUGUUCUUUGAAAACCCGUUGGCAUGAAUGGAAUCACUGAAAUAAGAAACGAUACUUUUAUAAGAAUAGAUUUGAAAUGUCAGAAGCGUUUUCGGAAAUGAAAUGCCGAAACUGUGCAAAAUUUCGGUUUUCUAUUUUGUAAUUCAUAUAGUAUUUUUACAUCAAAUAUACAGGUAUAGUAGCAGUUUGUUUUCCGAUUUUUAUUCUUUAAUGGACACUCCAUUUCUUUGGAUGGAAGAAACCUGUAUAUGCAUGUAAAUUAACCACGCUAUUGUACCAGUGUUACAAAAUAUUUUAUUUUGAUCA